AUCAAAGUGGGCAGCGUUGGCCGCCAUUUUGUGGUGAGGUUCGGAGAGGGAGUUUAGGAGGCAAGAGAUCUGAACGUGAAAAAGUCGUGGACGGCAGAAUUCAGCUGAACGAUGAUGCGCCGUGAUUCCUGCCCGCUUGACUGCAAGGUCUAUGUGGGUGAUCUGGGAACCAAUGGGAACAAGACAGAGUUGGAGCGCUCAUUCAGCUACUAUGGACCCCUGAGGAAUGUCUGGGUUGCAAGGAAUCCUCCUGGCUUUGCAUUUAUAGAGUUUGAGGAUCCUCGUGAUGCAGCAGAUGCUGUGCGAGAAUUGGAUGGCAGAACCUUGUGUGGGGUUCGUGUCCGAGUGGAGUUGUCUUCUGGUGAAAGGAGGAAGCGUUAUCGUGGUCCACCACCACCCUGGAACAGACGUCCCCGUUACGAUGAUUAUCGCUAUCGCAGCCCACCACGGCGACGUUAUUCUAGGUCUCGGUCCAGGGAGAAUAGGCGUCGUGAGCGUUCAAUUUCAAGGGAAAGACGUGAGCCAUCCAGAUCUUUCUCCAGGUCACACAGUCGUUCCCGAUCUGUUGAGAGGAAGUAAGAUCUCUUGGUGGAGAUGGCCUCUUCUCCACCCUAGCCUCUGGGAGAUGAAGAACAUCUACAAUGCUCCUUUGAUUCUACAUCUGGUGACGAUUUAAAAGCAGCAGGGUGGGAUUGGGAGAGGAGGCUCUUCUUUCUUUUAUUCUGGUUUGAAGGAUGAGCUUUAACCAGCUCACUAAUUUUUUUUGGAACUUUUUUUAAAAACAAAAAAACUUGUGUCAUGCAAAAUAUAUAAAAUUUCAUACUAAUUAUUGAAGAAGGGGGUCAGACCAAUAGUAGAGCAGUAACAAGACAUCUAUUGUCAAUCACUUGUAAUUGUUUUUGCUUUUGUUAACCAACGAUGUCAACUGUUAUUCAUUAAAUCCCUUGAAGUGAUUUUUUUAAAAGUUUCUCUUGCAAUGAAAAGUUACUGUGUCUGAAAAAGGGCUGUUUUCACCGAGAUGUACAUACUGUUAAUAAACUGCACCCCAUGGUGUCUGACCUCAGUUCCCUUUAUAGAUGCUGUGAGUGAGGAAUUGGGGGGGCAUUUAGAGGUGAGCAGGAAUGGGGGUACAGUUCAGAGGAGAGCAAGAAUGGAGGUUCUGCUUUUGUCAGGUUGGUCUUUGUAUUGAACUACGUGGAUAAGAAGGAUGUUUGUAACAGUGAGUCAGAUCUGGUUUUGGGGAAGGGAACAUCUUGUAAACAAUGGUUUAAGCAGCUGUAGCGACAGUGGCCUUAACUCACUGAUGCAUAGCUAGUCGAUUUUGAUUAAUGGGCCCAUGGCUGAAAUAUGAUGGGGACCACCUAUUGUUUCUUUAACAUUAAGGCGCCCAGACUGUGUUGGUAAAUAUUCAUCCCUGUAACAGAGGAACCCUGUAAAUGCUGCUGAUUCAAAAUUAGAUGAAACAUUGUACUGUAACAAAGUGCAUUACAAUAACUGACGACCCAGAGUGUGGGGGGGCUUGUCCAUUUGGCUGGCACCCAAUGGCCCAGGGGUGGGAGCUAAUAGCCAACGGCCCGGAGGGAGAGCUUGUCCACCUAGCUGAGACCCAGUGGCCUGGGGUGGUGUGGGAGGUGGUGCAGGUGCUUGUGCUUAUCUACCUAGCUGACAGCUAACAGAAAUGUACUUGGGCUUUUCUUUAUUUUGAAGGAUUCAUUCACCUUUGCAGCAAAACAUUCCUAUGAAAUAUGACAUGAUUUAGGGUGUGGAAUAGAUUGUGUGCAGUGCACCUCUGUUUUGAAGCUUUUUUUUCUUGUGGCUAAUUUUUUUGUGAAAAGCAUUGAUUGUGCACAAUUCCCUGCUUGAGGUGUUGCUGCUAACUCUUGUAGUUUAUACUUUGUGUUAUUGAUGUAAGUGAUGGCCCAUAGAGGCUUACCCCAAAGGGCUGGCAACAAGCCUACAGCCAAAUUUCCCUGAGCGCAUCUGCAUCUCUGACCUUGUCACUCUGUGAAGAAAUACUUCACUUUGGGUAUUGCAGCCAGUUAAGUCCAUUUUGUCUUCAAGGAAGUGUUCACUGUUGCAUUUUUUUGAAGGCACUGUGGACAGUGCUCUGGCAAAGUAUCCGAUCAUCGUUCAACUACUGCUGACUCAGGCCGGGUGUACCUUGCCCUGUACAGUCGAAUUUGAUUUCAGUCAUCUUUGCUUGUAGUGACUAUUCUGUUGUGAACUCCUGCUUGCUGUAUCUUUUCUAACUGGUAAUAUCUUUAUGCUUGUAUGGGAAUCGAUGCUUGCAAGGGAAGACCUCCAGUGCAAAAAAUCAUAACCCUUAGUGCACAAUUACAUUUAUUAACUAAAUAAAUGCAAUCCUGCACUAUGGGAUAUGAUUUUUAAAUAAAUAUGGGAGAUUUGGUGUUACAUUAUUUCCACAGGACAUCUGAACCACCUACCUAUUCUCCAUCGGUAAUGGAAGUGAGAAACAUUCUUGCUAAUAUAACGUCCUUGGUGACAGAGCCCCCACAAAUUAUUGUUGCUCUCUGGCAAACAGAUUUAGGUAUUAUAGGACAUCACCUUUCUAACUAGCAUCUCCAAUGUUCUUGUGUUAAUGUUCAAAAAUGCUGAGUGAAGUGAUUCGUCAAGGUGUCUGAUGUGAGAUAAAAGGGGUGUGGAAGUCACAAUCUUGUUACUGUAACUAAUGCGCUAGUUAGUUCUAUUGCCAGGGGCUGAUGUGUCUAAUUACCAGCUAAUUCUCCAGAUGAAUGAGAAUUCCAUUGAUUUUCCCCUUUGGUCCAGCAGAUGGUCUGUUUCAUGUGGGAAUAUUCCUGGAACUAUAUCUGACAAAGUAAUAAAAUGGCAAUAUUUUUCUCCCUACUUGUUAGUCCAAAUAGAUGUCAAUUCUGUCAUGGGAUAUAUUUCUGUUGGAGUUACUUACGGAAUGGCAGCUGCACUUGUAUUCGAGGAUUAAUCCCAAAACUUUGCUGAUGUUGCAAGGUCACAAUCAAUCUACUAUUCCUCAGUAACCUAACUUCAGCCAAUAGCAGCAAGUAUUAAUAAAAGUCAUUGGCUUCUCAGUGAUGGGGACUGGUCACUAAUAGUGACCAGGCAUAAGACUAGAGAAUUCUAUCUUUCCUCAUACAAGGACUAAUAACUCUUCCUGGCUUUGCUAAUAUUACCCAUCAGAGACAGCUAGAAAUCCACCCUGAUCCUCUGGAGCUUUUUACUGAGCAUUCAGAGCCAGCUACACCUGCCAUUCUGUUGUUUAAUUUGGAUUUCCAGUGCCACAUUUUGCCGAUCUAGUCAUAAGAUCCGCAGCCUAUUCUAAAGGUUCUCUCACACACUGUGAAAUGCCUACAUUCCUGUGUAGUUUGCUUCACAAAAGCUACCAAAGGCCAUUCUGUAGCUCCAAAGACACCGCUGUGCAAUGGUUUAAUAUUUUCAUGUAGACAGGAUCUUAAUAAUGGAGUCUAAAAAGGAUUGUUUACUUUUAUGAUUUCUUGGUGGGAAAAUGGCAUUUCUACAGCACUGUUGAAAGACUGUUUGGUACUACAGUGGAGCAGAUUUGGUUCAAAAAUGAUUAAUUGGAAUGGAGUUCUGCUUGCAAGUGUAGUGCUACUUGUUUGCAGGCUUGCUUAUCUAAUACUUUUACAAAGAGCAGUGUUUGUCAUGCUGUUUAUUGUUGCAAUGUAUUUAAAGCACGCUCUAUGAGAACUUAGAGGUUUCUGUUAUACAUGUUGCAAAUUCCCAGUUAAUAAUGUAUUUCAGACCUGUAACCUACACCUUUAACCUUGUUCUGAGAAGUUUUGAAUAUAUCCAGGUGAAUGUUUGCAAAUCUUUUACUGUUGGACCAGUUGUACAGUUAAUCUGAAUCUCUUCAUUAAGUUACUGCAUUCUAAUGCUCCUGCAAAGUUAACGACCCCUUGUGUGUGACAUUAGUGCUAAGAAAAUGAUUUCAGAUUGUCUAACUGAGAAAAUGGUGUGGCAUCCACAGCCAAACCCUUUUGAAGUCACUGUGGAUAGCUGCAGUCACACUGUCAGGAACUGACUUUUUUAAGAAAAGACUUGAUACUAGCUGGAUUGAUGUUUUGAUUGUACUUUCUUUUGUUCUGUGUUUUUUGUCAGAUUUC